AUGAGGAUAUCAAAUAUUGCACCUAAUAGUUUUACAUUUACUUUUCUCUUGAGGUGUUUUGAGUCUUUUGACUCUUUAGAAGCUGGCCAAGUAGUGCAUGGUCACAUUGUGAAGUUGGGUUUUGAGUCUAGUGUGUUUGCUAAGAAUACCCUUAUGGAUUUUUAUGCUAAAUGUGGUGGGAAUUUAGACUCAGCUCGGAAGGUGUUUGAUGAAAUGCCUGAUCGGGAUGUUGUUUCGUGGAACACGAUGAUUGGUGGUUAUAUGAUUCAUGGUGAUCAAGAACGUGCCCUUUGUUUAUUCGAGGCUAUGCCCGAGAGGAAUGUUGUUACGUGGAAUUCGGUUAUUGCUGGGCUAUUGAAAGCAGGGAACAUGGAGUUGGCUCGUUCUGUUUUUAAGCGUAUGCCGGAGAAAAAUGAUGUUUCCUGGAACACAAUGAUUUCUGGAUGUGUAAAGUUAAGUGACAUAGAAGCUGCUAUAGCUGUUUUUGAUAAGAUGCCGGAGAAAAGUGUAAUUUCUUGGACUGCAAUGGUGUCAGGAUAUGCUACAAUUGGUGAUCUUCAAUCAGCAAGAAAGAUGUUUGACCGAAUACCAGCAAAAAAUGUGGUUUCAUGGAAUGCCUUGAUUGCUGGAUAUGUAAAUUACCAUAUGUUUGAUGAAGCUCUUUCAGUGUUUCAGCAUAUGUUGAUCGAUGGGAAUUGCAAACCCAAUCAGACCACUUUGAUUAGUAUACUCUCAGCUUGUUCACAUUUGGGAUCUCAUGAGCAUGGAAAAUGGAUCGAUUCUUUUAUAAGAAAGAACAAAUUUGACUUAUCAGUCCCACUAGGAAAUGCUUUAAUUGAUACAUUUGCAAAAUGUGGAGAUAUGGAAAAUGCAAAAGCAGUUUUCUUAAGGAUGGCUCAGAGAUGCAUAAUUACUUGGACUACAAUGAUAUCAGGAUUAGCAGUGAAUGGGCACUGCAGAGACGCCCUAGAACUAUACGAAAAGAUGUGCUUGGAGGGAGUAGAGCCGGAUGAUGUUGUAUUUAUUGCUGUUCUGUCAGCUUGCACUCACGGUGGGCUGCUGGAAGAAGGGAAAAGGGUAUUUGACCAGAUGGUGACGAAGUUUGGCAUUAAACCGCGGAUUGAUCAUUAUGGAUGCAUGGUUGAUCUUCUUGGCCGAGCUGGAAAGUUUGAAGAAGCACUGAGUUUCAUUAAGAGCAUGCAUUUGGAACCUAACGCAGUCAUUUGGGCCACUUUACUUUCUGCUUGUAAAAUUCAUGGAAAUGGGGAGUUGUUAGAUUCCUUAACCCGGAGGAUCCUGGAGCAAGAGCCUGACAACCCGAGUUAUUUGACAUUGAUAAUGAACUUAAGCUCUUCUAUUGGGCGGUGGCAGGAUGCCUUGAACUUCCGUAGAGCUACUAGAGACAAGGGAAUAGAAAAAAUUCCUGGUUGUAGCUCAAUCCAAAUAGGAAAUAGUGUCCAUGAGUUCUUAGCUAAAGAUACAAAGCACUCACAAAGGAAGGAAAUCUAUAGAGUUUUAGGGUGUUUAAAUGGACACUUAAAAUUAUGUGAGGUCGAAUGA